AUGGUUGUUGGAGGCGCCAAGAAAGGAUUUCCUUCAAAUGGUUUAAAAGACGAAAUAGGUCAUUUGUUUUUUCCCGUGGAUCGUCCGGGUAGUGGAUAUAUAGUGUACGAUUGCAGUAAAAAGCACGCAGGUGCGUGCGGUGGAUGGUCAGACAGAAUCUCUGGAAUACUUAGUACAUUUGGACUAGCCAUUAUAGCACGCCGCCGUUUUAAGAUCAAUCAUGAUAAACCGUGCGCUUUUGACACUUUUCUUGAACCUAACAAAUAUAACUGGAAAAUUGACCAAUCCGAAAUACUUAAGAACUCCCAAUAUAUGAAUUUGAUUGACAAUAAUUCCUACAACAUCAGAGUCAAAACACUGACAACUAAUCAUCUGGAAAAUGCGUUUCAACAAAAUGUCACUUUAAUACGAAUGAACUGGGAUAUAACAGAGGAAUUUAGAAGAAGACCGAAUAUCAGCGAAGAUUUACCCUGGGUAUCAAAACUUCAAUACGCUGAUAUAUAUUCGGAAUUGUAUCAUUAUCUUUUUAAACCUGGCAAAACUCUUCUAGACAAAUAUGGUGAGAUUCAGAAAAGGCGAAAACAUGACUUACUGGCAUGUUCACAUUCACGCGCGGGAGACAAUAGUAACAAUUCCAGAAACUUUUCAACCACUUGGAAAUUUCUAUCAACAUUAAACAGUUCAAAAUAUGAUAUCUACAUAGCAACUGACCAACAAAAAGUUCGGGAUGCUGGUAUCAAAUUUCUCCAAGGGUAUAACAUUAUCACCACGUCGGGUAGUUUGGGGAAUAUGGAUCACGUGUCUGGUUGUGAUAUCUUUAUGACGAGUAUGGUGGAUUUCUAUACCUUAACAACAUGUGAUUUACUCGUUAUCAGCAACAGUGGAUUCAGUAUGUUAUCGGCGUACGUUCGGGCCACCUCCGACAACCUUUACUGUACCGGAGCUAAAGAUGUAUUCCCUUGCUCUAGAAACCAACUGGAGGAUAUCUACCCAUACAACAUCCUUGCUCCACGACUUAAACUGAACUGA